GUAUUUUGCAAUGUAGAAUUCUUCUGGGUCAUAUUGAAAUAAGAAUCUAAAUGAUGUAUUUGCUAGUUCAAUACUGAAUUUCUACCUUGGAGUUAACAUCCAAUGCCAUGAUACAAUAUUCAUACAUAUUGCAUAGAAAUGAUACAGUUUACCAUAGUUUUAUUACCCAGCACUGUAGCCACCAUAGACUUAGAAAAGGAAUGCAAAUCUGAAAAUAUUUAGAGUAAUGUUUGUAAAAACAUUAAACUUUUUUUAAAGGGCAAAAUAUUAUUUCAUACAGAAAUGUUAGUAUAUUGUGUGUUUUAGGACCGGCAUCAGGUGUUGACCACAGCUGUGUUCUCACUCCCCUGAGGGUGUAUAUAAUCUAAGACUGUCACUCCGUCUCCGAAGGGUUUAACAUUCUUUCCAUUCAUCAGUCACUAUGUGUUAGUGAAACCUUUUGUCAUUGACAAUCUCAUCUGACAGAGACUGACCACCCCUCCUCACCGACCCCGACGGCUGUCUCAGGGCCCCUUACCUUUUUUGGUGCAGUGAACUAUGAGAUAGUAACAUGCAUUUACCUCCAGGCGAUUGUUGAUUUUCCACCACCAAGUGAGAAAGAAAUGGCUUUCCAAAAUGCAUGGAUGUUUAUUUUGACAUUUUAGAAAUGCAAUAAGGUCCAAAAGUCCCAGACCACAUUGAACCUCUAUCACUUUGAGGAUUUUGAAAAUAUUAUUAUCUCUAGGUGACUAGUUAAAUGUAAGUAAAUAAGUGUCAUUGAUCAUGUGACUCUGAACAGGUGGUCAGAUUGUCGUCUUCUGUUGGAACUCAAGAGAUGCUCUUUGGAACAUCUCAAAUCAUGCUGGAGAACAUGAUUGCCAGGUUUUGUUCAUGAAUGUGUAAGACAUUCUAAAGAGUGCCGUUUUUUUUUUUUUUUUUAUAAUCCACCUUUUCACCCCAAUUUUUGUGCCGAAGUAAUUUCACAUUUCGACCCCACUGUAUGUUUUUGUUCAUUUUCUGUCCAUGCUCUUAAACCACAGUGAGCUUAUGAAAAGCUGUAGCUUUAGCAAUUGCCCUGUGACUAGUGUGGAGGAGUUUGUACACCAUGUUUUUUUUCACCCUCCCCUGUUCAUUCGCCACUUCUGAAACAAAGAGAGUUGGGCCUGACACGUGACUUAACCCAUUCACGGGUCUAGAGGUGUGGCUCUGUUUCCAAUGGCAACAGGGCAAAGUCCCAGUAUGAGAGCACUGUUAUGCUUGAGCAAAAUUACUUUGCCUCGCGUGCAAGAUUUUUAAAAAAAAACUUGGAAGAAUAGUAUUUUUAUUCAUUUGAUAAAGUCCAGAUAGAAUAUUCUCUCACAAAUAUGAAUAUUUAUGAGCAGGUUCUGCCAUGGUUGAUUUAUCUUUCACCCUCUGGCUCAACCUUAUGACAUUUUCCACACACAUGUGCAAGAUGUGAAAAGUGCUCAUAUGCAUAUUAGAUGUGAUGACUAAGCGUUUAAGCAAACCAGCAUACGUAGACGUGAAAGAGCUCUGAAGUAAGCUGCCAUAUUCAGUCAGACACUACAGGUGUCAAGUGCCACUUUCAUCAUCUGUUGCUUUCAUGUACAGAAAAUAACCACUCCAGUGUGCUUGUAGAUUUAUAUCAGGACAUGGAUUGACCUGCAAAUAAUAUAAGCUUGAUGCAGAGAGAAAUAUUGUGUCUUUGUAAGAUGAUCUGAAAUCAUCAAAGCUGAUGGAAAAAUCUUAACUUUUUUUAAAAAUAGUUUUUCAGUAGCAACAAAUGUCAGACCGAAAUGAUAUAAUCUGUCAUUUUAUGUUGAUUGCCUGUUGAUGAUGUCACAAGAACUGAAUUGUUAGAUAUUUUCUGAAACCAUGUAGGCUUCUUUACUUUUUUUUUUAUGCUCAUGCAUGAUGUGCUAUGGUGCUUUUCUUUUUUCAGUAAAUCGAACAAAAACAUAUAAUUGCAGGUUUGAUAAAUUGACACAUCAUUUUUCAAACAAAGAGCCUGUUGUUUGCUUCACUGACUUAAAAUGACGAUCAGAUUUUAAAUGCAAACUAGCAAUCAAAUUCUCUAUGCUUAAGUGAUUCAUUUAACAGCUCCCGUGCUUGUUAGGCAAUGAGUCACCUAUUGUGUUCACAGAAUUCAGUUGUAAUAAGAACUGUUGCUUAACAGUAGUAGAGGUUACUUGGUUAAUUGCUUUUCAAGUUAAAUUUUAAUUACUACACAUUAUCAUGGGAUCAUGCAAUCUGCACUCUGUUACUCUCUUGCUAAUAUUUUACACUUAUGUACAUCUUUUACACUCAUAAGUUGGGUAAUAGCACUUUUUUGUGCAUUUACAUUACAAGUCUUUUUAAACCUACACCCAUCAAUAAAUGUAGGCAGUUUGCAUUCCUUUUAAGAAAAAAUGCUAUUAUUAAACCGUGCACAAGAGAUUUAAUGGUUGUUCUAUGCUUGCUCCACCACAGGAAGGACGAGAACAAUAUGAGCUGGCAGCCACCUCAGAGCAGGGGGGCAAGAAGUCAAAGCCCAAGGGCAAGAAAGAGAAGGAUAAAGACAUGGAUGAACUCAAAAAAGAGGUGGACUUGGAUGAUCACAAACUGUCCCUGGAUGAGCUCACCAGGAAAUACAGCACUGAUUUAACCAGGGGAUUGUCAGGCGCACGUUCUAAGGAGAUCUUGGCGCGUGAUGGACCCAACGCUUUGACUCCACCUCCAACAACCCCAGAAUGGGUCAAGUUCUGCAAGCAGCUCUUUGGAGGAUUCUCAACUCUCCUGUGGAUUGGAGCCAUCCUUUGUUUUCUUGCCUACGGCAUCCAGGCGGCCUCCGAGGAGGAACCUGCCAAUGAUAACUUGUAUCUGGGUAUCGUACUCUCUGCUGUCGUGAUGAUCACUGGAUGUUUCUCGUACUAUCAAGAGGCCAAGAGCUCCAAGAUCAUGGACUCCUUCAAGAACCUUGUCCCUCAGCAAGCCUUGGUUAUCCGUGAUGGUGAGAAGAAUAAUAUCAAUGCUGAAGAAGUUGUGGUUGGAGAUCUUGUGGAAGUCAAAGGUGGCGAUAGAAUUCCUGCUGAUCUGCGUAUCAUUUCUGCUCAUGGAUGCAAGGUGGACAACUCCUCCCUCACUGGAGAAUCUGAGCCUCAGACUCGUGCUCCUGACUUCUCCAAUGAAAACCCACUGGAGACCAGGAACAUUGCAUUUUUCUCUACCAACUGUGUUGAAGGCACUGCCAGGGGUAUCGUAAUCAACACUGGUGACCGCACUGUCAUGGGUCGUAUUGCCACUCUUGCUUCUGGUCUUGAAGUUGGUCGCACUCCCAUCUCUAUUGAGAUUGAGCACUUUAUCCACAUUAUCACUGGUGUAGCCGUCUUCCUGGGUGUCUCCUUCUUCAUCCUCUCCCUGAUCCUUGGCUACUCUUGGUUGGAAGCUGUCAUCUUCCUCAUUGGUAUCAUUGUCGCUAAUGUGCCAGAGGGUCUCCUGGCCACUGUAACAGUGUGUUUGACCCUGACCGCCAAACGCAUGGCAAAGAAGAACUGCCUGGUGAAGAAUCUAGAAGCUGUGGAAACUCUUGGCUCGACCUCCACCAUCUGCUCUGACAAGACUGGAACUCUGACCCAGAACCGAAUGACGGUCGCUCACAUGUGGUUUGACAACCAGAUUCAUGAAGCGGACACCACAGAGAACCAGAGUGGAACCUCCUUUGACAGGAGCUCUGCUACUUGGGCCGCCCUCGCACGUGUCGCUGGUCUCUGCAACCGUGCCGUCUUCCUUGCAGAACAAGAAAACGUCCCAAUUCUUAAGAGAGACGUGGCUGGUGACGCCUCCGAAUCUGCCCUGCUGAAGUGUAUCGAGCUCUGCUGUGGAUCGGUGAAAGAGAUGAGAGAAAAAUACAACAAGAUUGCAGAGAUCCCAUUCAACUCCACCAAUAAAUACCAGCUCUCCAUCCAUAAGAACCCGAACAGCAAUACAGAAUCCACUCACCUGCUAGUAAUGAAAGGUGCUCCUGAAAGGAUCCUGGACAGGUGCAGCUCUAUUUUGAUCCAAGGAAAAGAGCAGCCACUUGAUGAUGAGUUGAAGGACGCCUUCCAGAAUGCCUACUUGGAACUUGGGGGCCUUGGAGAAAGAGUACUGGGAUUUUGCCACUUCAACCUUCCUGACGAACAGUUUCCUGAGGACUUCCAGUUUGAUUCAGAAGAGGUGAACUUCCCCACUGAGAACUUGUGCUUUAUUGGCCUCAUGUCCAUGAUCGAUCCUCCUCGUGCCGCUGUACCAGAUGCUGUGGGCAAAUGUAGGAGCGCUGGAAUCAAGGUUAUUAUGGUUACUGGUGAUCAUCCAAUCACAGCCAAGGCCAUUGCCAAGGGAGUGGGUAUCAUCUCUGAGGGCAACGAGACCGUUGAAGACAUUGCUGCCCGCUUGAACAUUCCUAUUAAUGAGGUCAAUCCAAGGGAUGCCAAGGCUUGUGUGAUCCAUGGUGGUGACCUGAAAGAUCUGUCCCCGGAGCAAUUAGAUGAUGUCUUGAAAUAUCACACAGAAAUUGUGUUUGCCAGAACGUCUCCUCAGCAGAAGCUGAUUAUCGUUGAAGGCUGCCAAAGACAGGGUGCCAUUGUAGCCGUAACCGGUGAUGGAGUCAAUGAUUCUCCUGCUCUGAAGAAGGCUGAUAUUGGUGUGGCUAUGGGUAUCGCUGGAUCUGAUGUAUCUAAACAGGCUGCUGACAUGAUUCUUCUGGACGACAACUUUGCCUCAAUUGUCACUGGAGUAGAAGAAGGCCGUCUGAUCUUUGACAACUUGAAGAAGUCCAUUGCCUACACACUGACCAGUAACAUCCCGGAGAUCACCCCCUUCCUUCUCUUCAUCAUUGCCAACAUCCCUCUUCCUUUGGGUACCGUCACCAUUCUUUGCAUUGACCUGGGUACUGACAUGGUUCCUGCAAUCUCGUUGGCCUAUGAAGCUGCUGAGAGUGACAUCAUGAAGCGUCAACCCAGAAACCCUAAGACGGACAAACUUGUGAAUGAGAGGCUGAUUAGCAUAGCCUAUGGUCAGAUAGGUAUGAUUCAAGCUCUGGCUGGGUUCUUCACAUAUUUUGUCAUCUUGGCUGAAAAUGGCUUCCUGCCGUCGUCAUUGCUGGGCAUUCGUGUGUUUUGGGAUGACAGAUACGUCAAUGACCUGGAAGACAGUUACGGCCAACAAUGGACGUACGAGCAGAGGAAGAUUGUGGAGUUCACAUGCCACACAGCCUUCUUCACCAGUAUUGUAAUUGUACAGUGGGCCGAUUUGAUCAUCUGCAAGACCAGAAGAAACUCUGUCUUCCAGCAAGGAAUGAAGAAUAAGAUUCUCAUCUUUGGACUGUUUGAAGAAACAGCUCUUGCAGCUUUCCUGUCCUACUGCCCAGGCAUGGAUGUUGCCCUCAGAAUGUACCCACUGAAACCAAACUGGUGGUUCUGCGCCUUCCCCUACUCACUUCUCAUCUUUAUUUAUGAUGAAAUCCGAAAACUUAUCAUUCGACGCAGCCCAGGAGGUUGGGUGGAGAGGGAGACCUACUAUUAAAGCAUCCAGUCUGCAUCACAAGUUUAUUUGCAUGGUUGUCUCGCUGCUCGGAAUUUUAACCUCAGUAAUUUGGAUGUUUUUAUAUAGGGAAUGCUUGAUACAAACACUGAGAUCGUGAACCAAGACAUUGCGUGCCUUGUUUCUGAAGCCGGACCAAUUUUAUACAUGUUUUUAAAAGUGUAAUAUAAAAAUAAACUUGCAGUCAGGUCCUA